UGACGUUACAUGCCGAUCAUUCCUUUAAAAGGAAUACCUGUUAAGUUUUCGGAUUUAAGAUUCCUUUUGAUUUCUUCCAUUUUGAGAUUCAAAAUAUCCUUACAUGUUGUUAAAGACGACACAUUCAUUUCAAUUGUGUAUAUUCCUGCACUGAUAACUUUGAUUAACCGGAAGAAAUUUAUACCUGCUAUAAUUAGUAGAUGACUCGUAAAGAAUUGAUAUUUAUUUAAUGGGAAGACGGGUAUUCAUUGAUCUUUUUAUCAUAUAAAAUACUCAAUUUUCAGAGAGCAGGAAAAACAUAUUCAUAUCCGAGGGAUGGGUAAAUGAAGCUUUUGGAAGCAUUUUACUCUCGAUCUAAACGGUCAAUAAUAAGAACGUGGUUCAAGCUGUUCCAGAUGUGUCUUUUUUAUAUAGGAAGGAGACCAAACAUAUAAAAAUGCCAGAAGGUAUAACAUUGUAGGAACGCACACUGACAUUUGAAAAGGACGUUUAAGAUAAUUGUAUAAUAAUUCAUUUUCAGAUUAGAAAUGUGGCGUAAACCUUAGAAUAACUACAAUAUGCUCAUAGUGUAGUAAAACUAUAAAAUAAGAAACAAAAAAUUACACAUUGUUAUGAACUUGGAACACGGAAAUUUGAUACUAGAAUAAGAGAAGGAUAUUUAAAGCAGCAAUUAAACUACUUCACUUUAGGAAACUGUGAGAGGAUGAGGCAAAGGUUAGAAGUUUUUUAACGUAAUGAUCAUAGGCCAACAAGACCAGGAAGAUGAAGCAUCGUAAUCGCCAUUUUGGAUAAUUAAGAAUUCUAUUUAAAUCCCAUCAACGUAUGUGAGCAUGGACGAGCGUUGGGCCCAGGACGUGUUGCGAUGCCAUCUCUGUGAGACCCCGGUUCCCCCUAUGUACUGUGACAUUUGUCACAUACAUCUAUGUAAAGCCUGCGUGGGGGAACAUCUCUCUGAUCCAUCCAAAGAACACAAAGUGGUGCCAUUUGAAAUGAGGGGUUCUUCUCCUAAAUGUCAAAAACAUUCCACAAAAUUAUGUGAUCUUCACUGUGAACAAUGUAACAUUCCUAUUUGUGCAGCAUGUGCUUCCUCUGAAGAACACAGCGGCCAUAAAUUUAUUGAAAUCACUAAAGACAUUAACAAUAAGAAAGAAAUCAUUCAAAAAGAUUUACAAGAACUAGAGAAAUCGAUUUAUCCUAAAUAUCAAAAGAUUGCAUCCAUUAUCCCAGUCCAUAAAUCUGCUCUGAAUGAAAACUCACAGAAAUUGACAACAGAAAUCGACAAACAUGGAGAAGAGUUGCACAGAGAAAUAAACACCAUUAUCAGAAACAUGAAAUCUAACGUGGAGGAAAUGGACACCAAACACCUGGCUGUCCUAAAUCAACAGGAAGAUGAAAUUAAACACAACAUUUCUGAAAUCACACAGACGAUUGCCGAACUGAAGACGUUACUGGACUCCAGUGAUGUCAGCCGUGUCUCUGCCUACGAAUCCAGAAAUGAUAAAUUCAGAAGAUUAUCUCCUAGACUCAUAGUGUCCUUACCAAGUUUUACCCCUCAGAAGAUCAACAAAGAACAGCUUUAUCAACAGUUUGGUUCUCUGUCAGUGGCAUCUAUCAAAACAGAAGAACAUGGCUACACCAUGGAAUCUCCUGGUGCUGAGUCCUUUCCCCCGGACGGACCGAUCAUUGAUGUACCACGGAUCAUCACACACAUAAACACAGAAUAUGGAUCAUUAAGUCUACGCAGUGUAUCUUGUCUGAACGAUGAAGAUAUAUGGACGUGUGGUGCUGACAAAAUGAUGAGACUCUACAACCUCCGGGGAGAAAGAAAGAAGUCAGUCCAAACCAAGUCAGGGAACGAUCCAUGGGACAUAGCAGUGAAAAGAAGUGGGGAUCUAGUUUAUACUGAUUACGAUGAGAAAACUGUAAACAUUGUUAAGAAUGAAAAGGUAAAGACAUUGAUCAGACUUCAGAGGUGGAUACCUCUCAAUAUCUGUAGUACCUCCUCUGGUGACCUCCUGGUUAUCAUGGAGUGUGGUGAUGAUAAACCAACAAAAGAUGUGCGAUAUUCUGGCUCUAAAAAGAAACAAAGUAUUCAGUUCGAUGAUAAAGGACAACCUCUCUAUUCAUCUGGUUACGACACAAAAUAUAUCAGCGAAAACAGGAACCUAGAUAUCUGUGUGUCAGACAAUGGAGCCUGUGCAGUAGUGGUGGUCAAUCAGGCCGGAAAACUUCGAUUUACAUAUACCGGUCCUCAUUCUACUACUAAGAAAUCAUUUGAUCCUAUCGGAAUCACUACAGACAGCCAAUGUCGGAUCCUGACAGCAGACGGUAACAACUACUGUAUCCACAUCCUGGAUCAGGACGGACAGUUCCUCCGCUACAUUGACAACUGUGAUUUAUACACUGCAUACGAUUUAUGUAUAGACACCAGAGACAACCUGUUUGUAGCUGAGAAGAGAACAGGUAAAGUGAAGAAAAUACAAUAUUACGUAUAAACAGACUGUGUUCAUUAUGCUCAAACUCUUCUGGUUUAUUAUUUAAGAGGAAUAUUAGUCUGAAAAAUUAAAUAUUACAGAUUUAUAAGUUUUAUGAUAAAGGUUUGCUAUAUUACAUAGCAUUUAAAUAAAAUGCUUCAAGUGACAUGUGCUGAACAUUAAGAAAUAACGUAUUCGAAGUGAAUGUUUUACAUCUUAUAUAUUAAAAAAAAACUAUAUGACUGUGUUCACUCAUGAUGUGUCAAUAGACUUUAUUUAUAUCUUGGAUGUGACUUUUAGAAGACUAAAUGUGGUUGCUUAAAGAAUUCAGCACUACAUGUCAUCAAACUGAGUAUUAUGUAUAAAAUGGACAUGUUACAUAUAGAUAUUCUGUUUAUUUGUAUAUAUGAAAUAAAAAUGUA